CUCCAACUCUUGGAUUCGAUCUGAAGCCAUCACCACGACUACGCGGACCGAUUGUUGCCCACACCUGCAUCUGGCCGGAAAAGAGAAGUGAAACCCCCGGUAAAUGUAUACCAACACAAUCUUCCCUUAUUCAAGGCCCAGAUUUGCUAAUUCAUCCGGACCAUUUAGUGAGGAACAUCGAGUGCACUGCCGGGAAUGCAUCAAAUUCAAGAUGAGUGACUCGAGCUUCAUCUUCAGUGGCCUCCCAAGGGAAUUCUGGGAUAGGAUUACCGAACAUCUCUUUGCGAAAGACUGCGGCAACCUGGCAGUGACAUCAAAGAAGAUGGAGGAAAUCUGUCGCGUGCGGCUGUGGGAUAACACCAGAUUUACUCCCUCUCCCAGAAAGGCCUCUCGGACCAGCUGCAGUGGUUCAUCGCCAAUCGUACGACAGAUCGCUCGACGCCAAGUGACCGUCCUUUGUUCAAUGAGUAUAUCAAGUAGGUUUUGACUUUACCAUUUUCUCUGCGUUUAUGGCAUCUCACAGUAGCGAUAUGCGCAACCAUCGACCUAAGACUUCACAUCGCCGCCGGAGGCACCUUUAGAUGGACGGCAGGUUCCGAUACGCGUCAGCCAU